AUGGUCCGUCAGGGGUCAACGAUAUUCUUCACGGACGGCUCAAAAAUCGGUUCGAAAACUGGAGCGGGAAUCUUCGGUCCUGGUGUACAGAUAUCAGUGGCAAUGGGCAACUGGCAUACUGAAUUCCAAGCGGAGAUUUACGCUAUAAUCGAAUGUGUCAACGUUUGUCUGAAGAGAAACUACAAACAUGCGAAUAUUCUCAUUUUCUCUGAUAGUCGAGCGGCACUAAAGGCUCUUUGUGCACACAAGUGUACGUCAAAAAUAGUGUGGGAGUGCGUUCUCUCACUGCGGAGGCUGUGUCGUAUGAACUCUGUCAAUUUGUACUGGGUUCCCGGGCACAGCGGCAUAGACGGCAAUGAAAAAGCAGACGAACUGGCCAAACAGGGCUCCAACUCGCAAUUUGUUGGUCCGGAACCUUUUCGCGGUAUCUCAAAUUGCACUAUAAAAAUGGAACUUAAAUACUGGGAAGAGCAACGGGUGACAGGCAACUGGAGGGCUGUCAGAGGGUGUCACCAGUCGAAAAGGGUAAUUACGCCAAACGGGAAAAUUACUAAAAAGCUCCUAGAGCUCAACAAGUGGGCUCUUUCUACCUACACAGGACUAAAAACUGGGCACUGCCCGAGUAAGUAUCAUUUAAAGAACAUUGGUCUAGUUCAGGAUGACACUUGUCGCUUCUGUAAUAUGGAAAGCGAAACCUCGGAACAUCUACUAUGCAGCUGCGGUGCAUUAUACAUUAGCAGAAUCAAAUUUCUUAGCAAGGGCUGCUUGCAACCGGGUGAGAUCUGGUCUGCCAAUCCUGGUAAAGUAGUUGGCUUUAUUAAGCACAUUCUACCUGACUGGGAGCGCGCCGAGGCAACCGGCCAUUCACUCGAUCAAUGGUGGGUGUCUGGUUUUCUACAUGGUACGUAUAGUAAUGGGGAUAUACUACAAUAG